GGUGCUUAUAAUUUAUUUUAUUUUAUUAAAUAAAAAAAACGAAUAUUUAAAUUGAAAAAAAAAAAAAAAUGAUUUUUCGUACAUUUUUGGGAACAUUUCUUAUUAUUCUUUCUAUUUAUAUUAUAAGUUCAAAUGCUUUAAGAUGUUAUACAUAUCAAGGUAUUAAUCAAGGUUUUAAUAAUACAUACCCAAAUAGAACAUGCACUUAUAUGGAAGCCGAUCAAACAAAAUUAAUGUUAUAUCAAUAUUUUGAAAAUGCUCCAACAAAACUUACAAAUGAUUUUAAAUGUAUAUCAAUUGGAUAUAGAGUUAAUAAUGAUUAUAGAGAACAAAUUUAUAAAGGAUGUUCAUAUAAUGUUAAAACAUGUGGAUUAAAAGUUAGACAACCAUAUAAAUCAUUUAAAUUUACACAUUGUAAACAAUGUUCAUGGGAAUUUUGUAAUUAUAAUCCAGCAAAUAGAUCUAUUGGCCAAUUGAAUAUAAUAGGAAUUUCAUCAAUAUUUGCAUUUUUAGACGACAUAGAUAUCAAGAAUUUUCUAAAUUAA